AUGGCGGGAAACCUACCUGGACGAGACUGCGAGUUUGCGGACGCUGAGCUACCGCUACGUGAUCGAAAGGCUGUCUUCCUGCCAGGGGAGCAAGCACCUUGGGUCGUUGACUCGAGCAGUCCACCUAUGACUCUAGUCGUUGACUCGCCCUUUGCCAAAUCAGUUGAGCCUUUUGACUGUUUGGGUCUUGAUAUGUCGUUGCGUUCAAGAGAGCUGCUUCAUUAUUCACCACUAAUAAGCUCAGUCCACCAUAGCCAUGACAGCUCUGAUUUGAUCUUGACCAAAGCCUCAAGAAACAUUCCCCUUGACGAUGACUUUGGCAACAGAACAGGACUCGACGAAGAACUUGCCAAUAGAUAUCUCCUGCUUACGCAUUACGCCGACCAAGGCUUCAAGGCUCGAAUACUGGGCAGUGAUUCCCUCAAGACUAUGUUCCAGAACAACACCGCCGAGUUUUCGAUGUUUGUGUCGCUCAUCCGUCGUUGGAAAACACAAAACGUCGGGCAUCUCGAAAUGCGACUAAACGCCAUGAAACUUUUGCCCUUCUUCUUCGCGGUUCUUCCUUCGUCGACUCGAUUUCACAACAUCGAUGCAUCGCCAUUGAUUGAGCAUCUUCAACAUGUAACCAUGUCGACACAGACAGCUAGUGAAGACCGUUACAAGUGCGAUCCGAGCUGGGAGUGGAUUGAGGGUUCAGAGUCGCGAUUGCUUUGUGCCACUAUCAGUUCACACUUUUCAUCUCUCUUCGAGGACGACAUGUCCUCGUCUUCAGCUUCUAUGAAGUACAGCAUUUCGUGGUCGGGCAUGUGCGCGGCGUCGAGCUUGUACAUGCAUAGUGUCCUGGAGCUUUGGGAGGGCGGCGAAGCCAUGGACUCUGGUCUUUUGCGUCGGUUUCUUUGCAUCAUGAAGAGAGAUCUCGAAGAUACCCUAGGUAAUCUAGGAUCAGACGAUGGUUCCGACUUUUGGUUCUGGAGAGCCUUUCUUGGCUUGUACAGCAUCACGAAACACCAAGCCCAGUCAUACGAGCCAAAGUUGGAUGAUCUGGCUGACGAAUAUCGUGGCUUUGUGGAGACGUGGAAGAAUGUCACGGGAUUAACACGGUGGGAAGAUGUUUAUCAACGAUUGAUCUCGGUAGCAUGGCCUGAUCGUCAGGGUCAUGAACUGGAGCCGAGUGUGUGGGGAAGAGCGAUUCAGUAUGAAUCGUCCGACCCAUGGAUUUAUGCGGAGUAA